GGCAGGAUCGCACCCCUCCCGUCUCGUCUGUCGACAGCAGAUCCUCCUCCAGCCUCUUUAAACUGCUCUCACCUCCACUCGAACGACAUUUCGGGGGUUCUGUCUGUAGCUGACCAUCCUUACACGCCUCAUAUCUGCCUGCGUGUUUCGGAGCAUAUUUAUUUUUCUGUCGGAGCGUUUGGAGCCAAAGCCGAACACAGACAGAGCUGUGUUUCAGGCUACUUCAGUGGGCGGAUAAAGCGGAGGAGGGCAUCCGGGCCUGGCAGCUCCGGAGAGUCGGCGUGAAACGACGGAAUUAACCAUUUUCAGGCUGUGCACCACCCAGCUAUGGAGAAGAUGAAGAGGAUUAAGAAGCGUCUGUCGUUAACACUCCGCUCCAGUCAGACCAUCGAUGAGUCCCUGUCCGAACUGGCCGAGCAGAUGACCAUCGAGGACGGCGGCACUAAGGACAACGAGCCCUUCAUGAGGAAUGGCCGCCCCCCCACCUCCCACAGCAUGCACUCCUUCCUGCACCAGUACACCGGCUCCUUCAAGAAGCCCCCGCUCCGCCGGCCGCACAGCGUCAUCGGCGGCACCCUGGGGUCCUUCAUGGCAAUGCCACGCAAUGGCAGUCGUCUGGACAUUGUACAUGAGAACCUGAAGAUGGGAUCAGACGGGGAGAGCGACCAGGCAUCAGGAACAUCAUCAGACGAGGUUCAGUCUCCAACUGGCGUCUGUCUGAGGAACCGAGUCCACCGGCGGAUCUCCAUGGAGGACCUCAACAAGCGUCUGUCGCUGCCCGCUGACAUCAGAAUUCCUGACGGUUACCUGGAGAAGCUGCAGCUCAGCAGCCCGCCGUUCGACCAGCCGCUCAGCCGACGCUCCCGCCGAGCUUCGCUGUCGGAGAUUGGUUUUGGGAAGUUGGAGACGUACAUUAAGCUGGACAAGCUGGGAGAGGGAACCUACGCCACAGUGUUCAAAGGACGCAGUAAACUCACAGAGAACCUGGUGGCGUUGAAGGAGAUCAGGUUGGAGCACGAGGAGGGAGCGCCAUGCACUGCCAUCAGAGAAGUGUCGUUACUGAAGGACCUCAAACACGCCAACAUUGUGACGCUACACGACAUCGUUCACACUGACAAGAGCCUCACGCUCGUCUUCGAGUACUUGGAUAAGGAUCUGAAGCAGUACAUGGACGACUGUGGAAACAUAAUGAGCAUGCACAAUGUGAAGAUCUUCUUGUUCCAGAUAUUGCGAGGGCUGUCGUAUUGUCAUAAGAGGAAAGUUCUCCACAGGGACCUGAAGCCCCAGAACCUCCUAAUCAAUGAGAGAGGAGAACUCAAACUGGCUGAUUUUGGUCUGGCGAGGGCAAAGUCUGUCCCAACUAAAACCUACUCAAACGAAGUGGUGACUCUGUGGUACCGGCCCCCUGAUGUUCUGCUGGGAUCCUCUGAGUAUUCAACACAGAUCGACAUGUGGGGCGUGGGUUGCAUAUUCUAUGAGAUGGCUGCAGGUCGGCCGCUAUUCCCUGGCUCCACCGUGGAGGACGAACUCCACCUCAUCUUCAGGUUACUGGGCACACCCACAGAGGAGAAGUGGCCGGGAAUCUCCUCCAUCGAAGAGUUCAAAUCCUACAACUUCCCCAAAUAUAAACCACAGCCGCUCAUCAACCACGCUCCCAGGCUGGACAGUGAAGGCAUCGAGCUGCUGCUGGCUUUUCUCAGAUAUGAAUCCAAGAAGAGGAUUUCAGCCGAUGAGGCCAUGAAACAUUCCUACUUCAGGCAGCUGGGCAUGAGAGUCCACACACUGCCGGAGAGUGUCUCACUAUUCACAUUAAAAGAAGUGCAGCUGCAGAAAGACCCUGGCUACAGGAACUCCUCAUACCCAGAGUCAGGUAACGGCAAGAUCAACAGGAGGCAGAGCAUGCUUUUCUAACACUCAGUGAAGAGGAUGGUCGAUUGCCCAACUUCAUCAUCACUUCCCACCAACCUCUCGCAUGAGCCCACCUCCCUUCAGAGUGACCCCCCCCCCUACCUGCACGCACACACACACACACACAUACACACACAUAAAUAUGCACACACACCCCUCUGAGCGAGUGACUCUGGGUUGAAUCUAUUUAGAGACUGUGUUUAUUUAUUAGGGGGGGCAGGGUGAGGUUGAAUUUUUUGCUGCUAAACUACUACUGUCUGUAUUUAACACACCGUGUGUGUGCGUGUGUGUGCGUGUGCAUGUGUGUGCGUGUGUGUACAUGAUGUGAACUCGAGACGCCGUGCACAGUUGAGCAGUCAGUGAGGUUUACUCUGUUUUUAUUCUGACUACGAUUGUCUGGCUUCGUUUGAAUUCCACUGAUGUUGAUGUCGACGCUGUGAUCCAAGUUGUUGUUCUUGUUGUCGUGCUUGGAGACCGAACGCUUCAGUUUCUUCAGAUUUUUUUUUAUAAAUAUGUAUAUCUAUAUAUAUAUAUAUAUAUAUUUGGAGUUUAUGUUUUGUUUUUCUUCGAGCUUCCGUGACUGAACUCCACAGCAUUUCCAGGUUUAGAAAGACUGGAUGGUCUUGGUUGAGGAAGAAACGGCUCCUCUGGAUUUCCCAUCGUCAUUUUUCCAAAACAUUUCAGACGGACUCUUCUUUGAGAGGUCCUGCUGGCCUCGGGGGGUUACACUGAGGUUCACAAAGCAGGACUGUGAGUGGACUGUACUAAUGGUUUUAAGCUGAGGGUUAAAGAAGCACACACAGUGCAGUCAGACUUAGAGAACACGAAACCAACUGUCGGUUCUUUUGUUCUUUUCAACCGCUCUGGCUCAGCAACAGGACCAAACCUGAGGAGGAGGGGAAGAUGAGCACAGAGCACCGAUGAAAGAGGAGGAAUACUGGAGCUGAACAGGAAGUCAUGUGACGUCCCACAGGAAGCCAGCAAGCCUUCCGUAAAACCCCUCACUAAACUGCCAGGACUUCAGUGCUUUUUAAAAAAAACAAAAAAAACAAAAACAAAAACCAAGCUUCACCUUCUCGCUCUGAUCUCACUGCAGUAACUGUUUGUUUUUAACUUGCACUUCAGUGUGUUGUUUUGGAAUCAGGGACCCGGGCCUCGACACGGCCGAGUUUACCCAACAGUAUUAGGAUGUGUACUCUGUAUCUGUGACCUUUGACCUCUCCUUGUGAAACAACAGCGUCAUUGUGGCAUGUUUUUUCGGAGGUGGGAUGUUGAAAAGCAAACUGGUUGUUUUCCACUCGGCGUCGGACCACUGCUGUCUCCAGCAUUUGUACACAAGAGAAAAAAAAGAUUUCAAAUUGAAAUUGAAGAUUUAACUGCCCGCUGUGUUGUUUGCAACUGACAGUGAUGCUACAGAUGCAGCCGGUUGAGAAGUCUCACUUUUGACUGCAUGUUUACUGAUGCACUGUUACAGUGGUGUGCUCUGCAUUCCUGGUCUAUUUAACUAAGAUUAAGAAAAGUUGUUGUAGAAAUGCAUUCUGGAAAAGGCAAAGACCAGUUUCUACUCUCACUGUAGCAGGAGAAGAAACAAUAGAAGUGAGUUAAGUGCAUAAUCAUCUGCACUAAAUAACACCAGGGAUGCACUGAUCACCACAGGUUGAACAGGAGGAUCUUUCUGUUGUUGCAGCUCUUUUGUUCAACAUCUACACGAAAGUUUCAAACUUGGUCUGUUGAGAUUUAAAGGAUUUAUCAGAGCAACAUCUCUAGAGUUCUCUAAUUGGGUAGAACAUACUAGGAAAGUGCUGGAGGCACUGCUAAUGCUUGAUAAACUCAUUAAUAACUGGGAUCAAUAAUGUAACAAACAUUAACUUUAACACAGUUUGCAGCUAAUAGUGUAAAAAUCCUGUGAACACACUGUUUCUUGUCAUUUCUUUUUUCCUUUCAACAUGGAUGAAAGUUUUAUUUUCAGAAGCUCAAUAACUCAUCUGAUAAAUUAAAGCUCAACACAAACUGUGGCAACAGAGCAAAUACAAAUGGAAGAAACUGUAAAUUUGCAUUUCAAAUAAUGUCACAAUGAUUUUGUUCACAGAAAAAAACUCAUUAA